ACAGCACUUGGUCACACUUUACACACUUUACCACAGCACUGGCCUACUGAAUGCCACAGAUAUAUUUUUAAGCAUUGGACUGAAUGCCACAUAAAUAUAUAAUUAAGUUUUUGCACGUUUGCAAUGUUCAAAAGUUCAGGGAAAUUUAUAUGCCUCUACUGGUGUUGCUUCGGCCAAUAUCCUUUUGAGGCAGUGUUGUUUCUGAAUAUUAGUGUUAAGGGCCAAUAAUGCUUACUAUCAUACAUUAGUCAACAUAUCUUUGGACACAUUUGUAUGCAGUCACAUAUUAAUAUGUGACUGCCGCCGCCGACAAAAUCUCACUCUGAACUCAGUUCAAAACUUGAGAGCCCUGCCACUACGUAUCAGGGUCAAAAUGUUUGUUUUGUUGUUGUAUAUAUUUUUAUUCUCAAAUUAAAUAGGCCUUAAGUUGUAACCACAACAGGUUUUAUUACUAAUAGCAGGACAGGGGUUUGUGUGGGUGCAUCAGUUGAUAGUGAUAGCUCUAUUUGACUAUUGUUGCUGGAUUUGUAAGUCAUUGAUUUGGAGCUCUUAAAAGACAGAGGUUUCCUGUUAUGGAAAAAUAAUGCAAAUCCUUGGAACAUUAUGACCAAUCAGAAUCUAGAAUUGAACAAUGCAUGGAUACUAAGAUGAAUAUACAAUUUAUAGAAUUAUGUGUUUUGUGUUGUGUUCUUCCUGGCUUCUCAUGAGAUGCCGCCGCCCCCCCCCCCACUACUCAAGAGUUUCCUUUACGGUGAAACAGAAAGUGAAACUUAUAUUUUACAGCAGAUCAGGACCGCGAGGUCAGGCAACGGCAGAAACGAUUCCACACCAAUACGGAGCAGACGCCUAACAGGUUGACCAUGGCAGAAAGUCAUCAAAUGGGCUUUUUAGUCCUCUUUCUCUCAUUCCUUCCUACUGAAUCAACUAUUGGAAUUCUCAAUUCAAUCAACGACCUGAAGAAAAUCCCCUUCGGCCAAUCAGUGCCCAAGCACAGCCUUGUGCUGCUCCACUGGUUUGCCAACGCAAUAGAAUUGAGCAACAACAACAGGCUAAAGUUGAACUUUGACCCAAACCAUGGAGACUAUGGCGCUCAUCAAUAUGGAAACUUUCAGGGAUUCCUGGAUCUGCUUCCCUUUGGCCACCGGUACUUUACCCUCGGCAACAUCCACUUCAUGAACAACAAUGAGAGUAGGUGUUUGCCUAAUUAUUACACAAAUGACCUAAACUAUCUGUUGGUGGGUGAGGAACUGAACAGGGCCCGCAUCAUAUUCGCACUCUCGUCUCAGAACACCAUCCACCGGGUGUACAUCACACAGCACUACCAGGCCGAUCAGGGUCAGGGGACUGAGUACGACCCAGAGCACACCUACCGGAUCAGCAUCAACCUCUUGAGGGAGCUCAGAGUCUUCUCCUUGGACCGAAGAGAACAGUCCGAGCUCUCAGAGAUCGGAAUUUACUUCGGGAGCAGCAUCGGCAAUAACGAACUUUCCUUGCUAGAAAACACGUGGUGCCAGCUUGCGUGUUUCGGACUGCUGUUUUUCAUCGUGAUCAACCAGAGGUAUUUGCCUUGCAGACCCAACAGAGAUCGAGAUCAGAACCGUCCUCCGAAACGUAGGGUUCGAUCAAGCAGCACUCCUCAGUCAAUGAUGUAUUAUCCACCAUACCAUCCCAUCUACGGGCUACAGGCUGCUCGUCAGAACAGGGACAAUAAGCUUUGCAUUACAAUAGCAUCCCUGACACUGGCAUUCAUAGGAGCAAUGAUAAUUAUAGCAGUAUGCAACCAUCUUCAGAUAUGAAAUUGUGUAGCAGAUUACAAAGUGCUUGACAUAAUAGAACAAAACCAGAAUAAAGUACAGAAUAAAUGAUAAUUAAUACCGAGAGGAGAGAUGGUAGUGCUCUACAAGAACAACCGGGACACCAGUGGGAUCCUUCACUAGAGUACUGGGCCACACUGGGGAACCUUGGAAACAACGGUUCCACUGAACAAACGCCAUCAGGUCAGGCUCUGCAAAGACACAAGAUCUUGCCUUUACUUUACCAGGCAGGCAGAAAAUAUGUUAACAAUAUCUAAACAAUGCAAACGUGGGGAAACCAAAAACUCCAAGGGAAAUUGCAGGGAAGCAAAAAAAACAACACAUUGCUCUCUGGUAAUAUGUUGAUCCAGAUGUGGUUAAUCUAUCUUUAAAUGAGAAUGAUUCAGAGAGACAGGGUACAUUUUUUGGUAAAUGUCUUCAAGUAGAAGUGUGUGUGUGUGUGUGUGUGUGUGUGUGUGUGUGUGUGUGUUAGAAUUAAAUACAAAAACACUGUUUGCGAUAGCGAGUUAAGGGUACUUGCUUAUUCUUAAUAUUGUUAUUCCACACUGCGAGUGAGGAUGGGCACUACCAUUACAUGUUAGUAGUUCCGAGGGGCAAUGUUACAUUUCCGUGGUGGGAUUAUUGGUGAAUACUUAAAAUAUGCAGAAUUACUUUAAGGGCUCUGAUCUUGAAUAUAAUGGAAGCAUAAUUCUCAUACAUUUAUGUUUAAUGCUCUUUAGUUAAGAAUUUAAGGAUUUCUGUAAUUUUUUUCAGUCUGUAGGCUAACUUUCCCUGUAUUUACAUCCCACUUGUUCUUAAAAAGAAGAAGCACUGUUACU